AUGCUCCUACCAUGGCAACAGACUAUCAUAAUUCUUUUUCUUGGUGUGAAUUCGUUGGUGGCCGCUUUGCGGAACACAUAUCGCACCGUUGAGGAACUUCCUACGAUUCCCGAGGGAUGGAUUCAAGGGAAACCCCCUUCUCCCGAAACUUCUAUUCGCAUGAACCUAGCCCUCUUUCAGGAGAAGGCUCAUGCAUUUGAACAAAUGGUUGUUGAUAUAUCCACACCAGGGCAUUCAAACUACGGCAAACACUUAUCCCGGAGGACUUUGAAGGAUUUCCUUCGACCACGCAAGGAGGUCUCGGACUCGAUUUUAUCCUGGUUAGAAGAAGCGGGAGUCGCAAAAAAGUCAAUAUUGAAUGAUGGAGACUGGAUCCAUUUCGCUAUUUCAGUCUCACAGGCCGAAAGGAUGUUGAAGACCCGAUUUCAUUAUUACCACGAUUCAGGGGACCCUAGUGUAUUCAUGAUCCGAACAUUGCAGUACUCUGUUCCAUCUCACCUGGCGCCGGAUAUUCAUAUGAUUCAGCCAACUACGAAGUUUGGGAAGCCCAAGAAGCAUGGCAACUCUAUUGCAAAAUUAGAAACUAUUCAGUUAUCCAGCAAUGCAACUACCAAUUGCAACGUUACGAUAACUCCACAAUGCUUAAGGGACAUUUACAAAAUGGGAAACUCUUUGGCCACACCGGACUACAGAAAUGUUAUUGGGGUAUCGGGAUAUCUGGACCAGUACGCAAGAUACAAUGACUUUUACAAAUUCAUCGAUCUCUAUGCUCCCGACUUGAAAGGCGCCAAUUUCUCCGUGAAGUAUAUUGGAAAGGGCCAAAAUUUACAGAAUUCCACCAAAAAUAGCGUUGAAGCCAGCCUGGAUAUCGAUUAUGCACUUGGACUGUCUAACGCUACUACUGUGUUUUAUACAACGAGCGGUAGAGGCCCUCUAGUUCCAGACCUCGAGCAACCGGACCAAGAGCACAACUCCAAUGAACCAUAUUUAGACCAAUUACACUAUCUUUUAAGUUUACCAUCAGAUGAAUUACCUGCUAUACUUUCAACCUCUUAUGGAGAGAAUGAACAGAGCGUCCCCGAGAAGUUUUCAAACGCAACUUGCAGUUUAUUUGCUCAACUGGCGGCCCGAGGUGUCUCAGUCAUUUUCAGCAGCGGGGAUACCGGUGUUGGCUCCUCUUGUUUGACAAAUGGUCGAAAGAAAGUCUCCCGAUUUAAUCCUACUUUCCCUGCAAGCUGUCCAUUCGUUACAUCUGUCGGCGCGACUUUUAGAAUAAACCCUGAAAUGGCCAUCUCAUUCUCAUCUGGCGGUUUCUCCGAUCGUCAUAUCCGCCCUAGAUUCCAAGAUGAUGCCGUUCUAACUUACUUGGAUAAACUCGGGAAUCAAUGGGAAGGGCUAUAUGACCCUAGGGGUCGUGGCAUUCCUGAUGUUGCCGCUCAAGGGUCCAAUUUUGCAGUUUAUGACCACGGGAGAGUAGGUAUGGUCUCUGGCACUAGUGCAUCGGCUCCUGCAUUCGCCGCCAUCAUUGCCAACCUCAAUUCCAUCCGCUUGAAUGCCAAUAAGCCAGUCCUUGGCUACUUAAACCCCUUCAUAUAUGGACAGGGUAGGCAAGGCUUUACCGAUAUUGUCCACGGGGGUUCGAGGGGCUGUGCUGGCUACAAUUCAACCAAUGGAAGCGCCCCAGCUGUGCCGUAUGCUAGUUGGAAUGCCACUGAAGGGUGGGACCCGGUUACGGGAGUUGGAACCCCGAAUUUUGAAAUUUUAGCCAAGAUAGUCCGAGAUUUGUAG